GUUUGUCGAUGCUUAUAAAGUGUGCAUGCACUCACUGAAAGGCAACUCUGCUGCACAUUCGUGAAAAACAUAAGUGCACCAGUAUCGGUAACAUAAUUUCUCCGCGAUGAUGCUGGGAAACGUGCUAUUGGUAACCACUUUGCUUUGUCUUGGUGUUCGAGGAGGGGACUACUUCAACUGCGGUCGACAAGGUCAGGACUGCGCUAACGGUCAGACGUGUCAGGCCGACGGCAACUGCGACUGCAAGACUCCGUACAGCGGCCACGACUGUAAACUGCAGAAUGAUACCAAUGGUAAACCCCCGUGUACCAGUGUUACUGAUUCGUGUGGCUCCGAUGGCGGUCUCUGCUAUAACAAUGGAGGAGAUAAGGCCUGUCACUGUCCACCUGCCUCGUUCGGAGCUCACUGUGAACACAAGCGAUGUUUGACUGCAUAG